AUGUCCUUGUCCACUUCAAACGACAUCAAUCUGACAAUAUCUUCCAACAGGGCUCGAAGGAGUCAAUCGCAAAACCAGCCCAAUGGCGACACGCCAAGGCCAACCCGUAACAUCACUGGACCCCAAUCUGCGCUGACAGAUUUUCUUGCUAGUCACAACAUCUCAGCUCGACAAAUCCGUGAUGAUGCAGAGCUGCGACGCCAGCAGGCAGCUGCACAAGCUCGCGAAAAUGGAGAAGAAGUAGCUGAAGAGGUUGAGGUCGUUGUAGCCGAGUCAAGUGCCGCUGGAAGUAGACGGCGAUCUGGUCGUAAUGAGACCGAUGCUGAAAAGUUAAAGCGCAAGAAAGACGAGGAAAAGGCUAUUGAGAAGAUCAAGUCGAGCAAGGCCUUCAAAAAGCGCAAGAAGCAUGCAAUCGACUCUGACGAUGACGACGAAAUUGCCCGCGCCAUCUUCGAGUCACGCCACGCGCCGCUUCCUGGGCAGAUGGAAAAUUGUGCCAUCUGCGAAAAAAGAUUUACCGUCACUCCGUACUCCGUUGCAGGGCCAAAUGGCGGCCUACUCUGUGCACCAUGUGGGCGUGAGAUGGCGAAAGAGCGCCAAGGUGCCCAGCCAAAGAAGAAGCCAAGGAAACAAGCUGGUGGAGUUGGAUCUCGGCGCAGCAUUCAAAGUCGAAUUCUUGACGGCGAUGUUGGCACAAAGAGUCUUGCCACCCUAUGUGUGCAGACUCUGGCUAAGAAUGUCGACAUGGCCGACAGCUUAGGAGAUUUGCCAGAGCACUUAAUCGACAAAAUUGCCAGAAUAUUCUCCAAGAGACGGCUGUUACGUCCUGAAACGCUGCCUCUGUUUGCACAACCCACUACGGAGACGAUUCAAAUUUAUGAUGGGGCACGACUUGGUGAUCAGGACUACAAGAGCAUAUUCCAGGUCGCCCCUAAUCUGCGCCGAUUUAAGGCACGCUCCGCCAUCCAGUUUAAAGACGAGGUCAUGGACUAUCUCCUGUCCCGUGACGUUGCCCUGGAAAGCUUUUAUCUUCAUGGAGCCAACCUGCUCAGUGAGGAGAAGUGGCAUGAGUUUUUCACCGCCAAAGGUCAAACCUUGAAAGGAGUUCAGGUUUACUACACGGACAAGCAUUUCGGUGACGAUUCCAUUGCCAUGAUGGCUACACACUGCCCACACCUACAACGCUUAAAGAUCGAAAACAACCAAAAAGUCACGGACAAGGGUGUCGCAGCCAUUGGUGACAUUUCAUCCUUGGAACACGUCGGAUUGCAGCUUCAAAACAGCCCCUCAUCAUCAGCUAUCAACCAAGCGGUUUCCAAAAUCGGUCACAACCUCAAGACGCUCUCACUCAAGAUCGUCCCGGAGGCUGAUGACAGCGUUCUACAAACUAUUCACGAUCACUGCCAUUCUUUGACCAAGCUCCGCAUUACGGAUAGCGAGACUAUGACCGAUAAAGGAUUCGCCGACUUUUUCACCAACUGGCAAAACCCACCCCUCCAGUUCCUAGACCUUCAGAAAUGCCGUUACGUUGACGCUAGUCGUCCUCGCGCAAACGACAAUAAUGUCGGCCUCUGCAGCGAAGGUUUCAAGGCUCUCAUGGCCCACUCCGGGGAGAGACUAGAAAAGUUGAACAUACAUGCCUGCAGAAACAUUUCAAAGGAGGCCUUUGAAGAGGUCUUCUCCGAGACGGCAAUUUAUCCUGAGCUGAAGACACUGGAAAUCAGUUUUUGUGAGGAGGUGACUGACUUUGUCCUUGGUUCCAUCUUUAGGGCCUGCCCAAAUAUUAAGGAGGUCAAUGUAUUCGGAUGUAUGAAGGUCAAGGAAGUCAGGGUCCCACGAGGUGUUAUUCUCGUUGGGGUGCCCAAUGCUCAGGGGAUGAUAACGGAAGGGAUGGACUAA